UAUUACAAUUCUAGUACAGUUUCGUUCUUAAAAUGUGGAUACUUUGGUGGGAGGCACCCUCUGUAAAUCUCCGCCAUGCAGGGCACUGGAAAAGAGGACUAAACAAAUUCGAAUCUGUCCUCCAGAGAUUUAGUUUAGUUUCCUAAUAUAUUAAUUUAAUAUAUAUAAUUAAUUUAAUUUCUGAAUAUAUUAAUAACUAGCAAGCCGUCCCUCUCCAUAUCAAUCUCGCUCCCUCAUCAUUACAAACUGUUGGGGACCAGCUUGAAACUCGCGGGCGCGGUCUCUUUAACACGUAAUAGAACUCUGAGCGCCUAGAUCACAGGCUCCCAACCCCCUCCCGCUCAUCCGUCUCAUUCCUGUCCCGGUUACUGGCCCCCUUCCGGACGUCGAACAGGGGGAAACGCGAGUGUUAGUAAACCGGAGGCUUGGUGUGAGGCCUUCCUUGACCUGUGAGUGUUCAGACCGCCCGCCGGCGGAGGCCAGGCUCUCCCGCGCUCGCGCAGUCUCGGGGUUCGACUGGACAUGCCUGGAGCGCGGGGUUUGACUGGGCCGCCGUUGUUGUAGUGACCGGGAGGCGCUGCCGCUCUGGGCAGACGGUUCCGGGCACCGCACGGUUCCCCUUCCUACCUUGUCCCCUCCCCUCCCCCGGUUUCCCCCACCAGCAGGAUCCCGACACCGACCACUCCUCCCAUGGCCUCCGCCACGGAGGACCCGAUUCUGGAGCGUUAUUUUAAAGGCCACAAAGCUGCGAUCACUACUGUGGACUUCAGCCCCAACGGCAAACAGCUUGCUACUGCUUCUUGGGACACCUUUCUCAUGCUAUGGAAUUUCAAGCCACAAGCUAGAGCUUACAGAUAUAUGGGUCACAAAGACGUUGUAACCAGCGUGCAGUUUUCUCCACACGGAAACUUAUUGGCAUCUGCCUCACGAGACAGAACCGUUAGACUCUGGAUUCCUGAUAAGAAAGGGAAAUCCUCAGAAAUUAAAGCUCAUACAGCUCCAGUUCGAAGUGUGGACUUCUCAACUGAUGGCCAGUAUUUAGCUACAGCUUCUGAAGACAAAUCUAUCAAAGUAUGGAACAUGUAUCGCCAGCGUUUCUUAUAUUCCUUGUACCGACACACACACUGGGUACGCUGUGCCAAAUUUUCACCUGAUGGAAGAUUAAUUGUUUCAUGUAGUGAGGAUAAAACUAUUAAAAUCUGGGACACCACAAACAAGCAGUGUGUUAAUAACUUCUCCGAUUCUGUGGGAUUUGCAAAUUUUGUGGAUUUUAACCCUAAUGGUACAUGCAUAGCUUCAGCAGGUUCUGAUCAAACCGUGAAAAUUUGGGAUAUAAGAUUGAACAAAUUGCUCCAGCAUUAUCAAGUUCACAGCGGUGGAGUUAAUUGUCUAUCAUUCCAUCCUUCGGGUAACUUCCUCAUCUCUGCUGCUUCAGAUGGUACACUGAAGAUUCUGGAUCUCUUAGAAGGAAGGCUAAUAUAUACACUUCAAGGACAUACGGGACCCGUGUUUACUGUUUCAUUUUCAAAAGGUGGAGAGCUGUUUGCAUCAGGAGGUGCAGACGCACAGCUCUUAUUAUGGAGGACUAACUUUGAUGACUUGUCUUGUAAAGAUCUUAAUAAAAGAAAUCUCAAAAGAUUACAUUUUGAUUCACCACCGCAUCUCCUUGAUGUCUACCCAAGAACACCACACCCCCAUGAGGGAAAGAUCGAGACUGUUGAAAUUAAUCCAAAGCUUGAGGUAAUCGAUAUGCAGAGCUCUACUCCCCCUGUUGUGGAUAUCUGUUCUUUUGAUUCUACCACAACUACAGAAACCACUGGCAAAACCCUGCCAGACAAGACUGAGGAGAUCUGUGGAUAUUUCUUGAACCCUUCCUUAAUGAUAUCGGAAUGCUCACCAACCACCGUGAAAAAGAAAACGGAAGACAUGAGUGACCUCCCCUCGGACAGCCAGAGAAGCAUCCCUCUUGCUGUGACUGAUGCUUUAGAGCAUAUCAUGGACCAGCUCAAUGUUUUGACACAGACUGUUUCAAUCCUGGAGCAGCGACUGACUUUGACAGAGGAUAAGCUGAAAGACUGCCUUGAAAACCAGCAAAAGCUUUUCAGUGCUCUCCAGCAGAAAAGUUGAAUAGAAAAAUAUGAGCAGAGACACGAUAAGUGAACACAUUUACAUAUACUCAGGAGGGUGGUACAAGACACUCCUCGCAACACAACCACUCACUGAUUCUCAUGGCAUUUCUUAAAAGGGUGAGCAACUGAACAACAGGCAGAAAAGGCACAUCUGAGAACUAAACACAUAAAUAAAUCAAUGCCAAAGACUACGUUAAAUCACUGCUAUUUAUGAUUGUAGUAAUAAAACGAUAAGCAUUCAAG